GCUGGAUCCGCGUCCUCUCAGUGCGGUACCUCUCCCCGGCCUGGUCUCGCGUGUGGGCACGGUCUGCGCUGUCGCCACCGCCGCGAUGGGCAAAACUGCCGACCCUCGGGGUCCGGGAGGCCGGCCCGACCCGGUGCGGAGCUUCAAUCGUUGGAAGAAGAAGCACAGCCACAAGCAGAGCCAAAAGAAACAGUUGAGGAAGCAGCUGAAGAAGCCUGAGUGGCAGGUCGAGCGCGAGGUUAUCAGCCGGCUGAUGCAGAACUAUGAGAAGAUAAAUGUAAAUGAAAUUACAAGAUUUUCAGAUUUCCCCUUGUCCAAAAAAACACUGAAAGGUUUGCAAGAAGCCCAGUACCGUUUGGUGACUGAGAUACAGAAGCAGACCAUUGGGUUGGCAUUGCAAGGUAAAGACGUCCUUGGAGCUGCCAAAACUGGAUCUGGCAAGACUUUGGCUUUCCUUGUUCCCGUGCUGGAAGCCUUGUAUCGUCUGCAGUGGACCUCCACAGAUGGGCUGGGGGUUCUGAUUAUAUCACCUACAAGAGAACUGGCCUAUCAGACCUUUGAGGUUCUUCGAAAAGUAGGGAAGAAUCAUGACUUUUCAGCUGGCCUCAUCAUUGGUGGAAAGGAUCUGAAACAUGAAGCUGAGAGGAUCAAUAACAUAAAUAUACUUGUUUGCACACCGGGUCGGCUUCUUCAGCACAUGGAUGAAACGAUAUGUUUUCAUGCUACCAAUCUCCAGAUGUUAGUUCUUGAUGAAGCAGAUAGAAUCUUGGAUAUGGGCUUUGCUGAUACCAUGAAUGCUAUUAUUGAAAACCUUCCCAAGAAACGUCAGACUUUGCUUUUCUCAGCUACACAAACCAAAUCUGUAAAGGACCUUGCACGCUUGAGUUUGAAAGACCCUGAGUAUGUUUGGGUUCAUGAAAAAGCAAAAUACAGCACCCCUGCCACUUUGGAACAGAACUACAUAGUUUGUGAGCUGCAGCAAAAAAUAAGUGUGCUGUAUUCCUUUUUGAGAAGCCACCUGAAGAAGAAAAGUAUUGUAUUUUUCUCCAGUUGUAAAGAGGUUCAAUAUCUGUACCGAGUGUUCUGCCGGCUGCGUCCUGGUGUUUCUAUCCUCGCCCUGCAUGGUCGACAGCAGCAGAUGAGGAGGAUGGAAGUCUAUAAUGAAUUUGUCCGCAAGAGAGCGGCGGUACUCUUUGCUACUGAUAUUGCAGCCAGGGGGCUGGAUUUCCCAGCUGUGAAUUGGGUUCUUCAGUUUGAUUGUCCAGAGGAUGCCAACACAUACAUUCACAGAGCAGGUAGAACUGCCAGGUACAAAGAGGAUGGUGAAGCUUUAUUAAUUUUGCUUCCCUCAGAAGAAAAAGGAAUGGUGCAGCAGCUUCUUCAGAAGAAAGUGCCUGUGAAGGAAAUCAAAAUCAAUCCAGAAAAACUUAUAGAUGUUCAGAAAAAAUUGGAAUCGUUUUUAGCUCAAGAUCAAGAUUUAAAAGAAAGAGCUCAAAGGUGUUUUGUCUCCUACAUACGUUCAGUGUAUCUGAUGAAGGAUAAAGAAAUAUUUGAUGUAAGCAAGUUACCUAUACCUCAAUAUGCCCUGUCUCUUGGUCUUGCUGUGGCACCACGGGUAAGAUUUCUUCAGAGAAUGCAAAAACAGCCCAACAGAGAACUGGUAGUGAGCCAGGAUGAUAAAGUAAUUGAGCCAAGGACUCUCUCCCUCACCAAUGAAGAAGUGGAAGAAUUUAGAGCCUACUUCAGUGAGAAAAUGUCUAUUCUUCAGAAAGGUGGGAAAAGACCAGAAGGGACAGAGUACAGGCUGUCUGGUGGCAUUUGUGAUGAAGAGGAAGAAGAGAAAGAAUAUGAAGAAGAAACGGAAGAGAAACUGGGAAAAGCAAAAGAGUCUCAGCCUCAAUCUGUCCCUAGCAACGAAGAGUCACAGAAGAGCAAAGAAGUUCCUAUGCAGUUCUUGGACAGAGAUGAUGAGGAGGAGGACGACGGCCUCGAUGCUGACUUCUUUAAGGUGAAGCGGCACAAUGUGUUUGGGUUGGAUCUUAAGGAGAAUAAAACGUUACAGAAGAAAGAACCUUCUAAAUCCAGUGUGAAGAAAAAAGUGACCAAGGUUGCAGAAGCAAAAAAAGUAAUGAAGAGAAAUUUUAAAGUAAAUAAGAAAAUAAAGUUUACUGAUGAAGGGGAGUUGGUUCAGCAGUGGCCACAAGUGCAGAAAUCUCUCUCCAAGGAUGCUGAGGAAGAGGACGAUGCUGGUGGUAUCAACUUAGAUAAAGCCAAGGAGAGGCUUCAGGAAGAGGACAGAUUUGACAAAGAAGAAUACAGGAAGAAAAUCAAGGCAAAACACCGGGAGAAAAGACUGAAAGAAAGGGAAGCCAGAAGAGAGGCCAGUAAGAGACAAGCAAAGGCUACAGAUGAAGAGGAAGCCUUUCUGGAUUGGAGUGAUGAUGAUGAUGAUGGAUUUGAUCCAAGUACACUUCCAGAUCCAGAUAAGUACAGAAGCUCUGAAGAAUCAGAGAGUGAAGACGUGGAAAAUAAAAUUAGUGAUACGAAGAAGAAGCAGGCAUUGAGGAAAAGGAACAACGAUGAAGUGGAAGACGUGGGACCCACAAGUCGCAACAGAAAGAAGACCAAGUGGGAAACCUUAGAACCUUUGGAUACAGGCCUGUCUUUAGCCGAGGAUGAAGAGCUGGUUUUACGUCUGCUCAAAAGUCAGAGCUAAAUAGUUCCUGAUCUUGUCUUCUCCUUGAAACCUCUGGUCAUGAUUACAUGGACAAGAAGUUGAAAAAACAAUUGGUUUUGGGACACUUAGGUCACAUGCAUCCCAUGCCCAAAGGACCCAUUCUUCAGACAGGCGUGACCAUACCUCGGAGCCCCUUUCACAGGCCAUGCUUGUGCCAUCCCAGAGCAGACUCACAGUGACAGUGGAUUGUAAACUUUCCUGAUCCCACUUUCCAGCAUGUGCUCUGUUAGAUUUUAUCCAUGGGUUGCUAUAUCUUAUCACUGGAAAUGCUUCCUUUGUUUUACUGGCAAGGUCUAGAGACCUCGUUUCAUUGUUAGAAAUUCCCAUCUUGCUUAUCAUACAGAUGUUUCCCUGUAAUAUUAAACAAAAUUACUCACAAUUUUGCUGUAUUUAAUAUCUGUAAAGAGAAAGAGUAUGAUGGACCAACCCUGAGAAAAAAAUGAAUAUUUUUGAAUUGCCAUGAUCAAUAAUAAACAUAUUUCCUA